AUGGCGCUCACUCCUGAUGCUAACACAGAUAUGAAACGAAACGAGGCAAAGAAACACGACAUUUCUGGCCCUCUGCCAGACUCGGCGUCCAUCCGAAGCAGUACAGCGGGAAAGCUCCAGUCGGUAACUCAGGGCCUGGGCCUGCGAAAGCUGUCCAAACAGAACUCGGUGCGGUCCCUGGGAUCAGACACGUCAUCCAUCUACUCCCACAACGAUCCCGACGGCGGAAACUUGCAUACCAUACCGACCAACUCGUCGGCGUUCUCGUCGUUGGCCUACGACAGCAUCUCGCAAAAGUCCAACAAGCCCAUCCACGUGCCGUAUCUGCCCGCAGCAGGUGAUAAUGCGUCUGGAUCGGGGUUUGUACCCCAGAACAUCUCGGCGCCCAUUCCACCGCUGCCACAGCAACAGCACCAUGGCUCGCUACACAGUCUGCCCAACAUGUUGAAGACGGGCCACAGACGAAAGUCGUCCAUGUCCUCACACGACACCUCUUCGACCGAGGCAGAAUCGACACUCAGCGGAGGAUCACGGCCGCCCAGCAUCAAUAGCGCAAGAGAGUCAAGCAUCUCGUUGGCCCGAAUGGACCUGGAACACCCUCCGGACGAGGCAACCAUCCACCAGCUGUAUAUGCAGCUCAUGAACAAGCGAGACUUCAAGAACCUGCCAGAGGAAGCACGACGACAGAUGAUCAGCUAUCCCACCGACAAAAAGUGGACGCUCAUUGUCCAGGACCAUCUGGCCGACCAUCAAAAAGGACGACUGCGACAGAGUCACCAUACACCCCAUCUUCCCACACCAUCACAGUCCAACAACUCACAUUCACCUGAGUUCUACGUGCGCAAGAUUCUUGACAAUACCAUCACAUCCAAGCAGCUGGGCAACCUUUGGGUUUCACUGCGAACUGAGCCUGUUGACUGGGUCAGAGAUUUUAUUGAUGCCCAGGGGCAGGUCGCUCUGGCUGCAUGGCUCCAGCAGAUCAACUCGCGAACCAAUAACAGCGAGGGCUUCCUGGACAGAGAGUACGACAUUGUGCGAUGUCUUAAGGCGUUGCUCAACCUGCGAGAUGGUGCCGACCACGCUGUUCGAACUUCCAAGUGCGUGGCACCCAUUGUCAGAUCUUUGGUGUCCCCACGACUGAGUACACGGAAGUUGGUGACAGACGUUCUGACGUUCCUGGCACAUUGGGACGCACCUAAAGGCCAUGACCAGGUUCUGGCGGGUCUUUCACAGCUCAAACAGCACCUCAAUGAGGUGUCCCGAUUCGACGCAUGGUUCAGCGUGGUGGAACAGACAUUAGCUGGCCGAGGGAAGUUUGGCUCUCUUGUUGGGGCAUCGGACGAUCUUCGGUCCGGAGGAGUUUCUAUUGAGUCCCUACUUAUGGAAUACUCCCUAGCCACCAUGUUCCUGAUCAACAUUCUCAUUCAGGGCGUAGAGGACAUUCGGGUGCGAGUCCACCUGCGAUCCCAGAUGAAGGCCUGCGGCUUGCCUCGUAUUGCAGCUCGGAUGCAGGCACUCAACUAUGAUCUGCUUACCGAGCAGCUGCAGAAGUACGACGAGCAGGCUGCACUGGACUUUGAGGAUUUGGUUGCUCUUGAUCGCCAAGCCAAUGUGGGCGACAUGACUGACCCUGUGGCGAUAGCCGAGGAGAUUUGGAGCCGUGUGGAGCACACGCAGGGCGAGGGCCACUUUGUGUCGAUCAUGCAACACCUGCUGCUGAUUCGAGAAGACCCUCGAGAGGACGGAGCUCGUAUGCUGCAGCUGGUGGAUGCUGUGGUGACCCAUCUGGUGAUGGAUAGAAUCAUGCCAGACGUUGAUUUCCGCUCGGUGGUCAACUUCUCGGUGCAGUCACUUUUGGGUAAGCUACACACUGACGACCAAGCACGGAGGGCGAUACUCGAAGCAAAGGAGGCUCUACGGGAUGUGGAGAUAGCCGAGGCUGAGAAGAUGCGCAUGGAGGAACAACUGCAACAGGGCUCGGAUGGAGUCAUCAGCAAGCUGCACCAGACGCUGGAGGAGAUGGAGCACAAUGCGCGAAUCUCUCGGCGCCAGAACGAUGCUCUGCGAUCCGAGCUUGAGGACGCACGUGAACAGUCGCUAGUCAAGCUGCAGGAGCAGGAGCUGGAGAUUCGAGAGCUUUAUAUGAUGCUCAAGGAGCGAGAGGUUGCGGCGGCCGACACGUCCAUGGUCAGCACCGAGGGCGGAAAGUCGCAAGGCAUCAUUGAUCGACAGCGAAUGCUGCAACGUCUGGAGCAGCAGGUGCAUCAGAAGACUGCCGAGUACGGUUCAUUGUCAGUUGGCCGCAACCAGGUGGAACCUUCUCCUCGUCUGCGAGAGCUGCGAGACCGAAUGGAGGCCCUUCAGCUUCAGGCACGUGAACUUGAGAGCUACGACUUUGACGAAGAUGAGUUUGAUACCGAGGAGCCCGAUGCUUCAACACCUGCUCUCACCAAGGAGGAUCUGUAUGCUCGUCGACUCGAAAAACUGGAGCGGCUAAAGAAGCUCCAGGAGGCCUCGGGCGAGCUGGCGCUGUCGUUCAACGCAGCAGAUGUCUCCAAGCAGGAUCUAUACGAGCGACGAUUGCAGCAGGUUGAGCGGCUGCGACGUCUUCAGGAGGCUUCUGGCGAUGUGGCUCUGGCCAUGAACGACCCCGGUAUUCAGCUUUCUGCGGAGGAGAUUGAACUCAUUGAGCGGCAUCGACGCGGUGAGAAGCAGCAGCAGGGCCAGCCCCAGGCUGCCACAGCUACCCUUGUGGAAAUUAGAAAGCCCAAGGCUGUUGCUGGGGACGGGAGUGGAGGUGGAGAUGGUAUCGGGUCUGGCUCAGGUACUGGAAGUGGCAAUGGCACUGGAAACGGUCCUGAUGCUGCCACCAUGCCUUCUAUUCACGACAGACCCAGUGCUCUACCGUUUGCCAACGAGCUUGUGGCCAAAUUCAAGGGUGGCAAGGGUGGUGAUGGUCAUGGCGAUAUCGAUAGUGCGGAUGAGGAUGCAGGCGACUCCUCUGUUACACGGGUCAAAAAGGAGACCAAGACAGAGCCUGAAGACGUGGUCAUCGAAAUUGACGACGAGCCUGAGGCUAAGAAGGAGAAAGAAAAUGCACAUUCGCCAGUCAAGUUUACUGGCGGACCUCCGCCUCCGCCUCCUCCGCCUCCUCCUCCCAUGUUCACUGGAGGACCUCCUCCCAUGUUCACUGGAGGACCUCCUCCGCCUCCACCACCUCCUCCGCCUGGCUUUACAGGUGGUCCUCCUCCGCCUGGCUUUACAGGUGGUCCUCCUCCGCCUGGCUUUACAGGUGGUCCUCCUCCGCCUCCUCCUCCGCCUCCUCUGCCUCCUGGCUUCACAGGUGGACCUCCUCCUCCUGCUCCGGCGUUUGUUGCUGGUGCGACGCCCUCGCCGUCUCCUUCUCCCCAGCUUCCUUCAGGUUUCGAAACACCCAUCGGACGGCCCAAGCGAAAGCUCAAGCAGAUGCACUGGGAGAAGCUGGAGAACGUGGAGCAUACCUUCUGGGCGCAGCUGUCUUCUGGCGAUGUAGAGGCUGACCUGUACAAGAAGGGCAUUUUCGACGAGGUAGAGCGAAUCUUUGCGGCCAAGGAGGCAAAGAAGAUGAUUGGAAAGCGGGGCGCCAAGGAGGGCGACUUUGAGAAGCUUUCUGUGAUUGCACGAGACCUGUCUCAGCAGAUCGGUAUCAAUUUCCACACCUUCAACGACCUGGGUGUUCCCGAAAUUGUCUCCGAGCUCAUGUCUGUGUCCCGACGGGUCCGAAACCCCGUUCUCCUCGAGUUCUUGCUUAAGGACGAGGUUCUGGAGAUCCCCAACAGUGUGACUCGUCAGCUUACGCCUUACUCUACUCGGUUCGAGGAUGGUGAGGUGCGUGAGCCCGAGAAGAAUGUGGAAGACCUGGAGCGGAACGACCAGAUCUACUUGCAGACGGUGUUUGAUCUCCAGCACUACUGGCGACAGCGAACGCGGGCAAUCUUGAUGACGUGCACAUUUGAGAAGGAAUACAGUGAUCUGGUGACCAAGCUAACGUCUGUGGACGCUGCGUGUGAAACUCUCAAGAAUUCAGAAAUGCUGCGCCGAAUCUUCCUCAUCAUCCUGUCUGUGGGUAACUACAUGAACGACGCCAACAAGCAGGCCACAGGCUUCAAGUUGGCAACUCUGCAGCGUCUCAUCUUCACCAAGGACGAGAAGAACACAAUAACCUUUUUGCAUUACGUCGAGCAGCUGGUUCGAAACUCGUUCCCUGAGGUGGACUCUUUCAUUGACGAGCUUGCUCCCGUGUGCGCCAUUGAGCGUCUCUCUGUGGAGCACCUGCAGAACGACUGCAGAGACUACAUGCAGAACAUCUCCAACAUUCAGACUUCAUUGGACGUUGGAGCUCUUUCGGACCCGAAGCGGCUGCAUCCUCGAGACCGCAUCAUCACACACAUGCAUCUGCACAUGGACUCAGCUCGUCGGAAGCGCAACUUUCUGCAGGAUCAUUUGCAAACUACUCUUGCCGAAUUCUCCCAGAUCAUGCGCUUCUUCGGUGAAGAUCCUGGUGACAUGCAGUCUCAAAGCACCUUCUUUGGCAAGUUUGUUGCCUUUGUGAAGGAGUACCGAAAGGCCAAGGAUGAGAACCUGCAUCGAGAGGAGGAGAAUCGAAUCUACGAAGCUCGAAAGCAGCGUGCAUUGGCGAGUCGAAAGGCUGCUGAGGAUGCUGCCGCUGCGGCUGCCGAGUCUGGAGAGAACCUAGUCAUGGAUGAUCUGCUGGAAAGACUUCGAAAGUCUUCUCAUGGUGCUCGGUCAGCUCGUCGACGAGCUGCAGCCCGCAAGAACCAGGAUGCUUCCUCCAAAUUGUACCAGGAGAACCUCAUUGAGGAUGCUGACGACUACGACAAGUCCAUCAUCAUUGAGGGUGACACCACCGAGAUCCGGGAGGGUUCUCCAAAUGCCGAUGCUGACACAACAGAAGUGCAACCCGCAAGAGAUGACGAAGCAGACACGGAAGCUCCAGCAGUAGCGCCGUCAUCACGUACGUCUACUCGCCUGUCUGUUGAUGUGUCUCGUGGUGACGUGCCAGAGGGGGUUUCGACACCUCGAACUCCUCAUGAGACAGAAGACGCUCACACACCUGAUAGAGCUGUUCCUGAGGUGGCAGUUACCACUCCCAACGACGACGACGACGAUGACGUUGGUACCCGUGCGCAGAACCUGCUGCAGGCUCUGCGGUCUGGAGGAGCAUCUCCUCGAGGCCAUCGAAGCACAGGAUCCGUUGGAAGCAUGUCUCAAGGCCGACUAGCAGAGAUGCGAGCCCGAAAGGCUAACCGACUGCGAAACAAAAUGUCGAUUGGCUCCGACUCGGACCUGGGUCCUCACCUGUCGCCUUCGGCGACCAACCGGUCGCCCAGCGCAGCGGAGAAGAUCAAGGUAGAGGAGGAUAUUGAGGCGGAGAGGCGAGACAGUGCGGAGCCCGAAACUGAGAUAGAGUCGUCCGAGGAACCCGAUUCUCCCACCCCCCGGCGACCAGGUACGGCUUCGUCCCAAUCUUCCAGAUACACAAAUGAUGAAGAGUAA